CAAUGCAAUCUAUAAAACAUUAUGUCUCUCAGUUCCAUUAACAUGGAGACUGUAUUCAGCAGAUGAGGCUUCAGGUGUAGUACAAUUACAGGGCCAGACUGAGAAUUUUUCACUGAAAUGCAAAAAAGAAAUAGAAUUUUGCUUCUUUAAGAGAAUCCUGCUAUUAACUUUUCUACUCUCCCUUUAGGCUUUGUAACCAGCUCCCACCAUGGGUGACAGCGCUUGGGUGGGGACCUGGAGGCCUCAUCGUCCAAGGGGCCCAAUAAUGGCCCACUUUACCAGCCCAGGACCAAAGUACUCAAUACAGGGGACAACAGGUUACCUGAAGCACAACCCCACCAAAAGGAAAGCCCCUGCCUACACUUUUAAGGGGGCAAGGCCUUUGCUCCGUGAAGCCUGUUCUCCGGGUCCUCGUUACUAUGUGGAACCCGCAAUGACCAGGAAGGGAAAGGAAGCUGCCCCAGCUUAUACCAUGUGUGGGCGCCCCAAGGUGAAAACUGAGGUCACACCUGGCCCAAGCGAUUAUUCACCAGAGAAGUCAAAAAAGCAUGUUUAUGAAUCUGCUCCUGUGCACUCCAUGUCAUUCAGGACUAGGAGCUUCAGUGUAGACAGCACUCCAGGUCCUGGCGCAUACACUAUCCCUCGGGUGAUGGGACCCAACACAGUGGACAAAACUGCUAGCCCUUGUUAUUCCAUGAAAUGGAAGAGUAAGCUUGGUCGCUUUGAUGAGGAUCUCCAUAAGACCCCGGGUCCAGCUGCAUAUAAAAAGACAGACGUUGAUGUGUACAAAAAGAGAGCCCCCAAGUACAGCAUGAGCUCCCGGACUAAGCCUGCAGGAACUGUUAGACAUCCUGGACCAGGAGACUAUUAUCCCGGAAAGAUAACACUGACCAAGCCUUGUGCCCCAGUUGUUACCUUUGGAAUCCGACACUCUGAGUAUACAAUGCCUUUGAUAGUGGAUGUCUAUUGACCUUCACGCAAGCCGCCUUACAGAAACUACAUUUAUUUUUCUAUAUCAUGUUGCUUUAUGUUUUAAAGCUGCCAGUUUUUAUACAAGUUCUUAUAAUUAACAAUCAUCUAUCUUCAAACAAGUAAUAAGUUUCUACAAGUUCUAGCACUAAAGGAUGACGAAUAUUCAGAAAAUGAUCACUUGCAAUAAUUUAACUUGCCUCUGGCUAUGAAGAAAUUUUCCAUAUCCCCCCUUAAUGAAGAGGACAUGCUGAAGCUAGCAGUAUUACCCUGGCGUGUGGAUCUUGCUGUAUCUACCUGCUGAGAGUCUGAACCCUGGCACUAGUGCAUUGCAGCAUCUGGAUCCUGUGUUCCAGAAACUGGGAAUUCACAACUGUAUACAUAAAGAGUCACUCAAUUUUGUACUAUUGAGCUAUUUUGUUGUUUGUUUACUCCUGUGAUGACCCUCACUGUAUGUGUCAUUUAUCCCUUUUAUUGUGUUCUAUUGUAGUAUCACCAUGUAAAGAAAAUAAAUCAGGGAGUCAGUAUUUAUCAUGUCAAAGUAGCUGAAUACUUCAAUCUACCUUUAGAUGGAGUUACAGACUAAAGUUUAAAGGGAUACUGUGUGGUUAAAACAAGUUUUUACAUGUGUUACAUCUUUAGCUUAUUAAAACAAAACUUUAAAAAAUUAAAUGGGCUUUUCAUCACUCAUUCCUAGUUUACAUUUUCCUCUUCAUUAAUCUUGGAUAAUGGGGAUGGGGAGCAGAUGAUUAGAACCACUUCUGCUUCUCAAGCCUUAGCAAAAUAUUGCCAUUUUAGAAUUGCUAGAAAAUGUUAAAAUCCUAAAUUAAAAAAACUUUUCAUUAAAUUUAAGAACAAAGUUUCAUUAGAAUUUUUUAAAACAAAGUAAGCCUAGAUUGCCAAACAACAUCCCCUUAACCUAGGAGAAGCGCUGUUCUUGCUCUCUCAGCUGCUGUAUGCCGGAUGGCUGUGAACAUGCAGCGCCUUGCAAGGUCCACAUGCAGGCCAACCAUAACUGCAGGCUGCACUCCGGAAGCAUAGGAACUAUUCCAGAGAAGCAUACUGCCCUAAAGAGGAGGUGGACGACCUAUGGACACCCUGCAGCUACACAUCACCACUUGGAGCAGGCCUGACACAGCAGGGGUGGGAAGUUGCUCCUGUUGAAGUGGUAUAGAAGUAGAUACUCUCCUCCUGAAUUAUAGGGGAAAAUCCUGUCUCUGUGAGGCUUCCUCCCCAAGCUCCAUGCAGAAAUGGUGCAACUCUGCACCAUCCCUUGCUACGAGCAGUGCCUGGGCUCAGCUGUGGCACUCAAAGAAGGUUAACAAUUAUUGGGAAGGACAAAUUGUCUGCCCCACUUAACCAAGCUGGGAACCCGAACAGUCCCUUCCCCCAUUUAUUUUGUUCUCUCAAAGUUUUACUUAGCCUUUCAAGGCAAGGUUAGUGUGAAGGUGGUGAUGGGGAAGCGCACUGUUGGACUCCAGAGGACAAUGCUGACCUUUAUUUUAAAAAUAUUUUUAAACUAAAAUUUCAAAACAAGAAGUCAUUUUGAAUAAAAAAAUCAAAGUACUUCAUUCCAAAAACAAAAAAAAUUGGGACAAAAGUGUCAAACAAUCCGUUGAAACCCAGGGGAAGUUUUGGUUUUGACAAAUGAGCAUUUUCCAACAACAAAAAUUGUUUAAAAAGUUCCUGACCAGCUCUAUUAUUGACUCUGAGCAAGAUGGGCGAUUUGUACUUGAGUGGUCAUUUGUCCUCUUCAUCACAGAAGUCAGUGGGGGACAAUUUCUCUUCUUCUUCAUGGAUACAUGCAGAUCCCAUAGGGUGCUAUCUUGUCACACCUUCUGGUCUAAUGCAUCUUAGAGCUUGGAUGUAAUCUCCACUGCCCAGUGUAGUGCGUAUUGUAUUACUGAUGUAUUUAAUGUUGGUGCAUCAAUGCAGGUUCCAAGGCAAUAGGUUCUAUAAAAAG